UUCUUGGAACCUGCAGUCGCUGUACCUGUGGAUGAGCUGCAGCCAGUUUGUGCAGCGCUUCAUCUGAGCUGUUACAGUGACGGCUGUGAUUAGAAUAGAGAGGGAGAGACUGAGAGAGAGAAAGUGUGUGUGAGAGCUCCUCAGUUGCCUUAGCAGCGCAGCCUCAUUCCUCCACAGUCGGGCUUCAGUCCGCUGCACUGCGCGCUUCGUGGGGCUUCCCUCACUACUCCACAUCAAUUAACCCCGCCACACUGCGCUUGUUCUCCGCUUAUUGGAAAAAAAAAAGGAAGAAAGAAAGGAAAAAGAAAACUUUGGGCUCCCUCCAAGUUUUCACAACGCCCCUUCUCCACCUGUUAUGAAGAAAAAGGCGGCAGGCUGAUCGCGCAGGUGUAAUAAUAGAAGCGAGAAGAUGGCUCUGUGGCCGGGGAACGGGAGCGUGGCGGAGGAGCCGGCGGGCUGUGCUCCGGAGCGGGGGAACCUCAGCGUGGAAGUUGGCGAGCACAACGUGAGCUGCACGAAUCGCUCCGUCCUCAGCAGAGCCGCUCGAGCCAGAGAGAUGGACUCCCUGCGCAUUCUGCUCUACUCGCUCAUCUUCCUGCUCAGCGUCUUCGGCAACCUCCUGAUCAUCGUGGUCCUGAUGCUGAACAAGCGCAUGCGCACGGUCACCAACUCCUUCCUGCUGUCGCUGGCGGUCAGCGACCUGAUGAUGGCCAUUUUCUGCAUGCCCUUUACCCUCAUCCCCAACAUGCUCGAGGACUUCAUCUUUGGAGCCACCAUGUGCAAGAUUGUCACCUACUUAAUGGGGGUCUCUGUUAGCAUCUCCACCUUCAGCCUGGUGGCCAUCGCUAUCGAGAGAUACAGCGCCAUCUGCAACCCGCUGAAAUCCCGGGCAUGGCAGACCCGAUCCCAUGCCUAUCGCGUCAUCGCUGCUACCUGGGUGGUGUCAUUGCUAAUCAUGGUGCCCUAUCCGGUGUUUAGUACCCUCAAGUCUUUCCCAAGAAUCAAUGGUACCGUGGGCCGCAUGUGCCGCCUGGACUGGCCCAAUCCGCACUCUGAGCAGGCCUGGUACGUGCUGCUGCUGCUUACUCUGUUCUUCAUCCCAGGAGUGGUGAUGAGCAUAGCCUACGGUCUGAUCUCCAGAGAGCUCUACCGGGGCAUUCAGUUUGAGCUGGGCCAGAACAAAGAGACCACUGCCCAGAAAAACGGUGUAGACAGACCUUCGACAGGGUUGAACGAUGAUGACGAUGGUUGCUACAUCCAGGUAUCCAAAAAGCCCUCCUCUUCUGUGGAGCUCCCCACCCUCUCUGCCUCGUCUAGCGCCACGCAGGUCAAGACUGAGCGUGCCCGCAGCAACACCUCCGAGGCUAAGCUGCAGGCCAAGAGGCGUGUCAUCCGCAUGCUGAUGGUGAUCGUAGCACUCUUCUUCAUCUGCUGGAUGCCCUUGUACACAGUCAAUACCUGGAAAGCCUUUGACAUGAAGUCUGUCACCAAAGCCCUCUCGGGAGCACCCAUCUCUUUCAUCCACCUCCUGUCCUACACGUCGGCCUGUGUCAACCCCAUCAUUUACUGCUUCAUGAACACGCGUUUUCGCAAGGCUCUGCUGUCCACCUUUGCCUGCUGCGGUCGCAACCGUCUCUGCCGCAAGUGCUGGUGGUGCAAUAGGAGCGAGAGUGGGGAAGACGGCAUCAACGCCACUUCCAUGGCCACAUCAAUGGCGACCUCCAUGUCCAAAUUCAGCUACACCACUGUAAGCACCACUGGCACCUGCUGAGCCUGGAGAGGAGCUGGGUGGUCAUCAGUGGUUACAGUGUGUGCCAUCUGUUUGUUUUUUUUUUUUUUCCCAAUCUUCUGUUUGUCACUCGUCAUCUUAUUAUGGUGUGAGUCACGUGCUGAGUAAUAUCCAUGCCCUUGUUUAGAGGCCUUCUUUUAAAGGUCUUGUUUAAAUUCUUCGUGCAUGGCUGCAAAAUGUGAAGCGGAGGAAAUUCUGCUUUUUUUUUGGUGACAUUCUUUUACUCCAGUUUAACUGGCAGCAUCUGCUUUGUUGCAUCCUGAAAAGAACAUCAAGUGCCUGUGCUCUUUGUGUGGCUUUGUUCGUUCACUAGCUGGGAUGGAAAUUUUAGUGGGAAAACUGUGUUGAAAAUAUGAAUUCUGUGUACAUACAAUACUGUCUUUAUGCUCAGAGUGUACCUAAGGUGACUGUUUUGAUGGAAUAGUACUGAUAAAUAAUGAGGACUCAUUAACUUGUAAUGAAUGGAAGGAUUUUUCAUUCAGGGCAUCUCAGUUCUCUGUUAUCAGCAUUUUCUUUUUAAUCAUUUAUCGUAACGUUAUUAUUUAAAUUAUUUUUUUGUUACUAACCUAUUUAUUUAUUCAUUUUUUUCCACUUGAUAUUUUGGUGUAUGGGAUGUUAGGAAAAUUGGUCCAAACAAAGUACCAUAUGCUCAGAACUGUCUGCCAACAGUUCUAAUGGGAGAAGAUUAGACAAGGCUGUUAAAUGAGGACUACCAUAUUUCUCCACAUUAUUGAGCCUUUUGCAUGAGCAAAUUGUCCAAAUAAAAAAAGAGCACAAUAUUGUUUUUUUUUGUUUUUGUUUUUUUUUUUUGAUAACAUUAUUAAUUAGUGUUGUUUUAACUUGAUAAAUGUCUCCCACUGUGUUACAGUACAAGGAACAGAGAAGUUUAUAACCUCGAUGUGUGCAAUAAAGUGGCCUAGAAAACCAAUAUCUUCAUAUACUUACAAAUGUAAGCCCUUUUAUGAUAGAGGUGAGGACUAGCCAAACAGAUAUAGAUCAAAUUAUGGUGAGUGCAUAUCUGAAAAUAGGAAUCCGAACUACAUGUUGGAAUUCUGAACAACAGCAUGAAGACUGUGUAGCACCGUGUGAGAGAGUUUGGUUGGAAAGACCUAGCUAGGUUCUUCAUAACUCACCAGCUACCGUAGCGACUCAGCUACAGUUUUAGAAGCUUUGUGGCACCCUAGAGGUCAACCGUUCCUGUGUUUAACUAAAGCUUUACAUGUGUUAUAUAUAACCGGCUGUUGAGGAGGCAGCGCAAAAGAAGACACAAAUAUUUGAAAACCUUGCUAACAGCUAGCAGGAACACUGUAAUGUAAAGCUAAUCCUUCAGGGAAAUGAUGGUUUGUGAUGGUUACCGAACUGCUGAGAAUUAAAGGGGACCUAUUAUUAUUCUUCACCUUACAUUAUUUAUGUCAUAUAUUGAAUGUUGUAAUGUUUGGUGUUCAUAUGUGGCAAAAGUUUAAAUACUGAGGGAAGCACAUACAAAUGAAUCCCUGAAAGCAGAAAGCUCAAGCUUCAGGCUGCGGAGAAUAUAAAUAUAAAAUUUUUCAAAGUUUUAUAUAAAAAAUUUGAAGCCUAUCCACAAAGCACAAGAAGGGUGUUUCCCAGAGCACUGGGUGCUGCCCCUCUGCAGCCUUCUGGAAGCUGACCAAUUAAAAGAAACUUUUGGGGGAUGAAGGGAGUUUGACAAUACAGGAGUGAAAAUGGCUUGUUUCAUACAGUGGAUCAACUGAGGGGCUGCACAGAGGCACAAUACAUGAUGACAAGGGAAGCAUGGAUCAUUCAAAGCUACGUUAGUGUCUGAAAAUAAAAAUAUAGAGUGGAAAUUAGUAUAAUAGGUCCCCUUUAACUGAAAAAUCUUCAACAGGAAUUAGGAAAAGAGGGACAUUUAUAUAAAAUAAUGCAGUAUAAGAAAUGUUAAUAACAGGAAAUGGAAUCUUUGGAAAGUGUGUUUAUGUCUUGGAACUGCUCUA